UCUCCCGGGCUGGCGGGGGGCACGCGCACUCGCGGGGGCGCGCGCGGACGGCCGGGCGGCGGCAGUGGCUCACACGGAGGCGGUGGCUUCACUUUCCAGGACUCAGGGGCGUCCACAACAGCAGCCGCGGGCAGCAGCCUUGGGAGCCGGAGCUGGAACGGCUGGGGGCAGCGGCAGCGGCGCCGAGGGAUCUAAAAUGUCCACUGAGGCACAGAGAGUUGAUGACAGUCCAAGCACUAGUGGAGGAAGUUCUGAUGGAGACCAACGUGAAAGUGUUCAACAAGAACCAGAAAGAGAACAAGUUCAGCCCAAGAAAAAGGAGGGGAAAAUAUCCAGCAAAACAGCUGCUAAAUUGUCAACUAGUGCUAAAAGAAUUCAGAAGGAACUUGCAGAAAUUACGUUGGAUCCUCCUCCCAACUGCAGUGCCGGACCCAAAGGAGACAACAUUUACGAAUGGAGGUCAACUAUAUUGGGACCCCCGGGGUCUGUCUAUGAAGGAGGGGUGUUCUUCCUGGACAUUACCUUUUCACCAGACUAUCCAUUUAAACCCCCUAAGGUUACCUUCCGAACAAGAAUCUAUCACUGUAACAUUAACAGCCAAGGCGUGAUCUGUCUGGACAUCCUGAAGGACAACUGGAGUCCGGCCCUGACCAUUUCUAAAGUCCUCCUCUCCAUCUGCUCCCUCCUCACGGACUGCAACCCCGCUGACCCUCUGGUGGGCAGCAUCGCCACACAGUACAUGACCAACAGAGCGGAGCACGACCGCAUGGCCCGACAGUGGACCAAGCGGUACGCCACAUAGGGGCCCGCGCCCGCGCCUGCCGCCCGCCGGACCUGUGCAAGCACAUUCACCAAGUGCAUCGAUAGACCGACCCAGCCCUCCGGACCUCGGUUCUUAUUUUCUUAUUUUUAUUACGUUGUGAACCGUUUUGUGAUGGUAUGUCACCCCUCUCUCCCCCUUCUUCCUCUCUCCUCCUCUUUCUUUUCCUUUCCUCUCCCUCCCUCACGUCCCCCCGCCCCGUUUAUUUCCUUUUUAAUUUCUAUUAACUUGAAAGACCUGGGUUCUGCUUUCCCACCGCAUUGUGGAUGGGAGCUUUGUUUUCAGUGCAAACAAUGUUGGAUCUGUAAUAGUAAGAGCUUUCUUACAAAGCUUUGUGUUCCUGUGUGGUUUUUUUGUUGCUGUUUUAUUUGGAUUUCUUUUCUUUUAUGUGAUCUUUGGGGAAACACAAAUUCAGAAUUAUAUCUCGUUUCUACUUAAAUGUAGUGCUUAGGGUUAAUUUUUUGUACUGAAGUCUUUAUUGGUGGGUGCAUGCUACUGGGAACAAGUUUUUGUACAAAAGCUUCAAUCAGAAUCACUGUGCAUUACUGAGACUCCGUUUAUCACUAGCCUUCUGUCCCUCACACAGAAGACGGUUGGAUUGAACAAAAUAAUAAGUAUUUUGAUUUACUUAAAGUGCUUGUAAAUUUCUUAGGGACCUGCCACUUUUGACUGUGGAUCAGUUGAUGUACACUUGUACUAUUAAAGCACUCAAUAAAUCACUGUGGCUGAUAAACGCA